AUGCAGAAUAAGAACAAGAUUCGGUCUUCAGAGCGUUGCAGCCAACGAUUAUACCGCGAGAAAGGCCAUCGGAUCGACCAAGCAUUGGCUCUUUGGAUCGACCAAGUGGUCGACGGCAAUUCUGGAUAUACCGUCAUUAAAAAAGCAGAGACACUUGCAUGGCGCAGAAUUUUAAGGGAUCGAACGGUUGGUUCGAUAGAUUUAAAAAGCGUUAUGGCAUGCACAAUUAUCUUCGCUUUCGAACUCAACCGAGAUAUGCAAAAAGCAUGCGUCACACCACAACGCAGCCUUAAGCUUCAUGUUGGUCGAAGGCAGGCAUUAUACCAAAGUUCCGACAGUAUUGAUAACUUUCUCGAUAUACCAUCUGAUGAUGACAAUAAUGACGAAGAUACGAUUCAACAUUUGAUUGAACUGAACGUCUUGAUCCCUGGAAUUGCCUUAUCGGCUAACGACUACGUCAACAUAAAUUAA